AGUGAUAAAUUGAUGUUACUCUGUGACAGUAACAUUUGUUUCGAAAGUUGCGAAGUGUACGUUCUUUGUUUUGUUGCAAAUUGUUUUUUGUUUACUUGUACUUAAUCUGAAAUAAUCUUCAGUUUAAAUUUUUGUGUAUAGUUUGGUUCCUUUCAUCGAAGGAUCCUGUUAUAAAAUUUGUGAUGAAUUGUUUUGUUUUGCCUUAUCAAAGUUGCGUUAUUUUUAUCACAAAAAAAAUCUAAACAUAUCAUUUAUUUAAUUUUUGCAAAUUUCGUAGUGUCUGUGUUUGUUCCUAUAGUAACUUUAUGGGUAAUAAAUUUGGAAAGACAAACAGGUGACAAAGGCUAAACGAUGACGGCGAACACCAAAGAUCCACAGCAGCAGAAGCUUCCGCCAGCGACGAAGAAGGUCGCUCCCGAUGGUGGGUGGGCGUGGAUGGUCUGCUUGGGAGUCAGUUUAGUUAAUUUUUCGACGAGAUCUCUGGAGCCGUCUUUCGGUCUCCUAUUCAAAGACUUGUUGGAUGACCUUGGCGUCCGCACAACGGGUGCUUCCUUCAUCGCUAGUACUUUGGACUCUGUAGUAAAUUUCUCCGGCUUCUUCGUUGGUCCUGUUAUAAAGACGUUCUCAUACAGAAAAGUUUGUUUCGUCGGUUCAACGAUAUGUGCCCUCGGAUUACUGUUCACCGCCCCGGCGAAGAGUAUCGGCCAUAUAUUGGCGACCUACAGCAUUUUGGGAGGGUUUGGCGUAGGUCUAGCCUCGUCUUCUUCUUUUGUCUCCCUCAAUCACUAUUUCUCCAAGAAGCGAGGACAGGCCGUGGGUUUGUCCAUGGCGGGAACCGGGUUCGGUUUGAUGGUGAUGCCACAACUAGUCAAAUUACUACUGGGAGAGUACGGGUUCAGAUGGACCGUAGUGAUACUUGGAGCGCUGGCGUUUAACGCUGUAGUAGGAUCAUGUCUCCUUCAACCAAUCAAAAGGCAUCUAAAGGAAGUACCCGUGGAUGCGGAAAUGCAAAACAUUAAAGAGAUGGAAUGCAUUAUGGAAAGCGACGAAGAAAACGAAGAUAAAUUCGAGAUCAAUCCUCUCGUCACGCAUCCGAUGCCGAAACUAACAACGCAGCGUUCCCACUCUAACAUGAAUCAUCCUUCGGUUCGCACGAUAGGGAUGACCCGCGCUAAGACCUGCGAUAAACCGUUACAAGAUUUUGAGAAGAACUCGAAGGUGUACCCGGGGCUCACCACCGCGGCCUCUGUGGGCGUGAUGCCGCGAGUGACAUCUAGCGGCAGCAUGAACGAAGCGGCACGCAGAAGGAAAGUCUCCGUCAUCUCCAACAUAUCAAACAUGGACUUCACGGGCAGCUAUCUACAGCUCUAUCUCGAUACAGCAGACGAAGAAGCGAUACAAAUGAAGACAAUAAAAAAAGCCGAGCCCGUAUCGGAAAAGAAGGGCUUCAUUAGACGAUUCAUAGAUCUGAUGGAUUUAGAUUUGCUAAAGGACUGGUCCUUUCUGAACCUAAUCCUAGGACUGGCUCUGUUUUGGAGCGGCGAGUUGCAGUUCAGGAUGUUGACCCCGUUCUUUAUAAGCAAUUUAGGUUACAACAUGGACGACACGGCGUUCUGUCUGUCGAUGACCGCGAUCUCCGAUAACCUGGUGCGGCUGAUCCUACCACCGAUUUUCGACAGAACCACGAUAUCGAAGAAAUUGAUAUUUUUUAUAUCCUCGUUUUUCUUGGCCGCCACUAGAUCAGUACUAGCCGAGCAAACUGAAUGGGUGUCGCUGAUGAUAUGGCUGUCUAUAUGCGGUUUCUUCCGUGGGAUGUGUCUCAGCAACUUCACCCUAACGAUAUCCGAGUACUGUCCCUUGGAGAAACUGCCCGCGGCUUUCGGACUGCACAUGGUCAGCAAGGGUGUGCUCGUCGUAUUGAUCGGGCCAAUGAUUGGAUACGUAAGGGAUUACACGGGCAGUUUCGCUCUAUGCAUUCACGUGCAAAACGCAAUGAUAAUGUCCUGCGUUUUAGUUUGGGGCAUCGAAUACGUUGUAACGUUAACGAGACGCAGGAAGAUCGUCCAAAUAUAAUAAAUAACCUGUUUUAUGUUUAUUAGUUAAAAUAUAAACGCAACGAGUGAUGUUCUGUGAGUAUUUCAUGUAGACACGGGCUUCGGGACGAUAGACGAAGUACGUAGAUUGAGAAGAACGUAGUCUUAUAUUUUUGAGGUCGGCUUUUGUUUUUGAUAACCUUUAAUAUUGUGUAUUAUUGUUCGUCGUUUACUGUAUUUCGAAAAGAAAUAAUUUUUAUUAAGGUUUUUUUGCUGAGAAAUGGCGAAAGGAAAUUGUUAGCGAACUAUUAAUACAGGCGGAGAUUCUUCCAUGAUAUAACAUUAAAAAUUGUUAUUUUUACCCGCAAUGUAAUAGGAUUAUGCUGGGGCUACAUUAGCGGACGAAGAUUCGUGUCGCGUUGGCGCGCUAAAAACAUCCGUGUACGGGCAUACGCAAUGUUCACGUGUACAUUACGCCGGGCUAAGAUUCGUAUCGCGUUGACGCGAUACAUGAUUUAUUCAUUACUGGUGUUAGGAUCUCUUGUGAGUCCGCGCCGGUAGCUACCACCACCCUGCCUAUUUCUGACGUGAAGCAGCAAUGCGUUUCGGUUUGAAGGGUUUGGCAGCCGUUGUAACUAUACUGAGACCUUAGAACUUAUAUCUCAAGGUGGUUGGCGUAUUUACGUUGUAGAUGUCUAUGGGCUCCAGUUACAACUUAACAACCAGGUGGGCUCUGAGCUCGUCCACCCAUCUAACCAAUAAAUAAAUAAAAAACAUCGUGCCGGGUUGUGUUGUGAUGUGCGACAGAGACGUAAUUUAAAUACAAUUGAAUGAAUUCUAACACUUUUUUUUUACUCCACUCCACGGUGUACAAGAAAACCAGCACGUUCGUACCCCAUCAAAGUCUGGACGAGACUGAAGUGACGUAGGUGUAGCGAAUAUUGUCGCGACAAAUCCCUUUGUUACGCGCCAGUUUACCGACAAUGCCUCGAUAGUACAUCGUCGUUGCAAGAAUACUACGCGUUGCAACGAUCUACUUAGUCCCACUCAUCGCGAUAACACGAAUAUUCGCGGUGACCCGCUAAUGUAGCCCUAGCUUUAGAGAUGACAUGACGCACGGGGUCAGCGACCUCUGUAAUUAGCGAACUAUCUGUGAUUAGUUCCGACAAAUGUGUUCUUGUUGAGUUAGUUAAUUCGGAAAUUAAUAAUCCGUUGCGUUAAUAUAAAUUUGAAUCGUUCAAUGAAUGUACAAAUAGGAUUUUUAGUAUUAUCUAAACGAUUUGAAGUUUGCCAAAUUUAAUAUUUAAAUACCGUACUCGUCAAAUGUAAGUUGUUUGUGUAAUAUAUGCACUAAAUGUACUCUAGUUGCUCGCGUGUGUGAUCGUAAUCAUAGAAUAUGUUUGAUCAUGCUCAAGAUAAACACGAAAUAACAAAAAAACAUUUCUCUUGAUAUUCAAACAAUGGGUAAAAUCUAAGUACACUUACAUUCGUGUAAUUUUUAGGAGUAUGUAAAAUUUAUUUUGACAAAUUUUUUCAGCGUUCUCGUAAGACUGAAAAUCGUUAUUCUUUCUAAUUUAAACAUUUACCGAAAACAACAAUUAAUAUUAGUAAUCUAUUAAUCAAUCAACUUUACUACAACUUAUACUUUACAACUUAUAUUAUUUGAUUUGUUCUAACGUGUAUAUACAUAUAUUUUUUUUCAUAAAUUUAAACUAUUCGAAUGUGACCAGUGAAUUAAAAUGUGAAACGUUCGUUUCGUAUUAUAAAACUUUUAGACUUUUUAACAAUUAAUAUUUUUAGACGUCUGUAGUUUCGAGAGGUUUUAUAGAUAUUUUAGAUGACAUUAAUUUAUAAAAACAUUAUGUGCUAAAUAGUUUAGAAAUUAGUAGAUUAACGAUAGUUUGUCAUUGUAUUCGUGUUCAGAAUUUAUAAGCCGAUGUUUACUAUGGAACAUCAGUUAGGUUAAUGAAAAUUUCGCUCAAUAAUUAUGACAUUGACAAGUAAACUAAAAAGUUUGACGACUUAAAUACUCGAUUUUAUUCGAUGCAUUAUGUAGAUAUCAGCAGCUGUUUCAAGUUAUACUAGUAAGCUAUACUCUGAUUUAUAAUAAUAUUUUGAUAGAACCAUGACAAUUUAUUCAAUAUGAAAAUCGUGGAAAAUGAUACAAAACGAGAUGUCAAUAGGGAACUGGAUAUCUUUUAAUUUUUUUUAAAUGGCCACGUAUUCUUCUAAACUAGACUGAAUGCAUAUCUUUUACGAGUGACGUCAUUUGGGGGUAAUGUAACAACAACAAAAAAUAACUAUGUAACCCAAUUUAUAAACUAAAAUACGAUAGCCACAUGCAACAUCAGCAGGGAAAUUUGUAGCCAAUAUUUAUAGUAGUUUGACAUUAGAAUUAUUGAUAUUCCAUAAGAUUAUUAUUUGUUACUUAAUUAAUAUAUCCUUUAUACAUGCUUUUUAUUUUGUACUAUUAUUAGAGUACGUUUGUCGAUUCUAUAAAUUGGCAACUUGUGUUAUUUCGAUAUAUACACAUAUAUUUUUGUCAGUUUUAUUCGUUUGUUUUUGUUGGUUGUAUGUGCAAAAAUAAUGGACACAUGUGAUGUAAUAAUUGAAGAAUUAGAUUCAGUUUUGUUAAAUACAAAUCAGGCAGUUAUGUCAUCACAUUUAACAAGGUAAUAAAUAUUUCGCGUUAAAUAAAUAUUUGAUGUAAGGUACUGUGGAAAUGCCUUUAAGAAUAUGUCCACGUAAAAUUAGCUUUCGAAUUUAAGACGUACAUAAAAUGUAUUGCGCUUCCACUAAAUGUAUUAUAAUGUGAUUGCCUAAUAUUAUAAAGCUAAUUUUCCUUUUGUCGUUGACAUAAUAUGUAUACAUUAUGCCAGAAGCAAUGAAUUUUAUUUGAAAAGUUUGUAUACAAAGCUCGGUACUUUUUCUGGGAAAGGGAUUGCUUAGAAUAUAAUUGAAGACAUGAGGGGAUGAAGGGGAUAUUUGGAUAUCGUAUAGUUGAUUUUUAAGAAAACGGGCAACAAACUUUAGUUAAUUGUACUUUUUCUUUGUAAAUAACUCCUUCAUCAGUUGCAAUUUCUAAAAAUAGCCUUUUAACCCGGAGUUUUAAGGUCUAAUAUGGUUUAUAGGCGCAUAACACCUUCAUUCUAUGUAAAAACUGAAAAAUCUUAAAAAUGGUACUUAUCCCUUUCAUCCACUCAUGUCUUCAAUUAUAAUUUAAAUGUAUUGUACGAUGCUUCUAAUUAGAUUCCAAGAGGCUAGUUGCGGUUUGACUGUAAUUAUCAUUGCUGAUGGAUUUUUUUAAUCGCCACUACGAAAGGGUAGAUUUUUUUUUUUUUUAUUGCCCUUGUAGGCAGACGAGCAUACGGCCCACCUGAUGGUGAGUGGUUACCGUCGCCCAUGGACUUCAGCAAUGCCAGGGGCAGAGCCAAGCCGCUGCCUACCACAUGAUGAGCAAACGGCUCAAAUGGUGGUAAGCAGUGACCGUCACCCGCGGACAUACUUGCUACAUUUUUUAAGGACAGCUUUAAAAAUGUCAUAUCGUCGCUGUCAAACUAAAAUCUGCUAUGUGCAAAAACUCUAUUUUGAAUUAACGAGUAAAAACAUUUUCGUAUAAAAUUUUAUAUGAAAGUGAAUUUUUAAGAACUGUAUCAAAUGAAAGCUAUAGAUAAAUAUUAAAGCUAUAAACCACAUAACAGUUUUUUAUGCGGUAGAUAGGUCUGUGAACUAUACGAAAAGGUCAAAAAGUAAAAAUCUCAAAAAGUGCAUAUUAUAUAGCAGAUUUUGGUUUGACGAUAUCCUGAAUUGUCAAUGACGUUUUGUAUUCUAUUAUCAAUGAUUUGGUCUUCCAGAAAUGUUUAGCGUAAUACGUAUUUACAUUAAUUUACUUCCAGCAAUGCUUUCGAUGUGUGAUUUAAAUGACCAAAUAAUAAUAACGUACUUAAUUGUAUCACGUAUGUAAUAUAAUAUCUAAUAUACGUAUGUAUAUAAAUUAUAUAUUUAAUAUAUCUCCCAUUUACGAUACGAAUGAAGACUUCUGCCACACAUUGGUGCAAGGUAAACGCGUCGUGAAAAUUGAAAUCGGUAGGUAAUGAAUAUGAAGUAAAAAAAAGUUAUAUUAUUAUUAUAUUACUUUGCACGAUCAGAUCGGAGAUAGGUAGCUAUUAAAAGUACGAAAGAAAAAAAAAGCGAUUUAAUCGAAUGUAAUUCAACCAUUUAAAUAUCGAUGACUAUUAGUUGUUUACAAAUAUAUCGAUGAUCAAAAAAUCGUGUUUCAGCAUUGAUUAAAUUAUCGAUAAUCAUUGAACUGUGUCAUGACACUUCUGAUUUGGAACGGUAGGCAAUGAAUACGAAGUAAAAAAAAGGUAAUAUUAUUAUUAAAUUACUUUGCACGAUCAGAUCGGAGAUAGGUAGCUAUUAAAAGUACGAAAGAAAAAAAAAACGAUUUAAUCGAAUGUAAUUCAACCAUUUAAAUAUCGAUGACUAUUAGUUGUUUACAAAUAAAUCGAUGAUCAAAAAAUCGUGUCUCAGCAUUGAUUAAAUUAUCGAUAAUCAUUGAACUGUGUCAUGACACUUCUGAUUUGGAACGGUACGUAAUGAAUACGAAGUAAAAAAAGUUAUAUUAUUAUUAUAUUACUUUGCACGAUCAGAUCGGAGAUAGGUAGAUAUUAAAAGUACGAAACAAAAAAAAAAGCGAUUUAAUCGAAUGUAAUUCAACCAUUUAAAUAUCGAUGACUAUUAGAUGUUUACAAAUAAAUCGAUGAUCAAAAAAAUCGUGUCUCAGAAUUUAUUGAAUUAUCGAUAAUCAUUGAACUGUGUCAUGACACUUCUGAUUUGGAAUCUGUCGUACAAGUCUUCGUUUAAUUAAUGGGAUAUAGUUUAAAACUAAUUUAUCGUAAUUUUUCUGCUGACUAAAUUAAAUGGAACUCGGAAAAUCAACUUCAUACGUUGAACAUUAAGGUCUAUAUUACUGUAUUUUGUCAUGAAAGAAUUAAAAUUAAUUAUGUUGCUCAGUACUUAAGAUGUUUCUCGUUAUAUGAGCUCCGAGAUAUAAACGUUCUUCCGAGUUCAAUAAUCUGGUAUUUUAUAUUUAGUAUAAUACAUUUUGUGAACCAAGUCUGAGAUCAAUCGGCGGACCAUAUACUUAUUUAAAUAAUAUGUAUAUCAGACGUUUUAAUUAACAUGAUCAUUUGAACUAAGUAAUAUAUUUUAUGAUACAUAAAUGAUUUUUUCGUUAUCACGUAACACAAGCUGAAUAAUGAGUAUAAAUUAGGCGGCUUUGAUUUAAAUUUAUCGACAACAUACGCAUAUGAUUACUUAAAAGUAAUAUGUAUCUCGAUUGAGUAUUUUCAUUAUAAAUAAUUAAAGUAAAGUUGUUUUACAUUGAGAAAAAGAAUUUGUAACCUCCGCGGAGACACGCUAGCGUCUCGAACGAUUUCAUAUGUUUUUGUCUGUGUUUAUUAAUGGACAUUGCUGACCUCGAAACAUAUUAUUGAUUCUUGCAAUGUAAAACGGCAUGCCAUUUGUUUCUCUUUUGCAUAACGACAUUUAUUUUUAAACAUUUCGAAAAAGCAGGUUGUCUAUUUGUUUAUUUUUCCAUUAAAUUACAGUUAUUUUAAAAGACAUCCGGUUAUAGAUUUGCCUGGUGAUUUCACUACCAUUAAAUUGGUACUUAGUAUAAAAUUCUAAUAAUGUACGUGUGCCAAUUUUAAAACAUUCGUGUAUAAAGAUUGUACAUAUAUAAAAAUAUGUGGGGAUUUAAAAAUAUUUUAAAGAUUGUAGUUUGAAUGCAGAGCUUAAACAUAAGGCGCGAUAUAUGUACUUUUUUAGGAAACGUGUCCAGUUUUUAUUGUUUGUCUGGACUCUUGACCUCGUAAAUUAUAUUUGGAGAUAUAAAUAGGAAAAUACAAAACAGUUACGUACCAAAUUUCUCUCGUCUGUUGGUCAACUGGUUUUUUAGUUACGUAUUUAUUAUAUCUAUCAUUGAGUAUUAUUGAGUAUCGAUAAAUAUCAGUGCUAUCAAUAAACAGAUCUUAAGUUUUUUUACGCUACGUUACUUUUUUAAUUCAAAAUAACAAAGCAAACUAGAAUGAAUAUAAACUGAAGUGUCGAGUCAUUAAGGACGAAUUUCUAUCGUCUGUCGAUCUUUAAUUUUUUUUUUAAUUCUUGUUUUUAAAGUCGCCUAAAUAUUUAUAGAAAUUAGAAAAAUAUAUAUAUAUUAGUUUGAAACAUUCAAUAUAAAACUUUGUCUAAUGUUGAGGGUUAAAUUGUAAAGGGUUUGUUGUUAUAAUGGAAUUGGAUCGCCAUGAAAUGGUUAGCACCAUCGGAAUUGUUUUCAUAGAUCAUCUAUAUCUAUACUAGUCUAUAUCUAUACUAAUAUUAUAAAGAGGAAAGAUUUGUUUGUUUGUUUGUAUUGAAUAGGCUCCGAAACUACUGAACCGAUUUGAAAAUUUUUUUCACUGUCUGGAAGCUAUAGUAUUCGCGAGUGACAUAGGGAAUAAUCUAUUUGAAAAAAAUUAGAGAUCCUGACUUAAACUGCAAUAAUGUAACACAAGGUGUAAAAAAUUACCUAAAAUAUUCGUUACAUCGCGUGCCCUGCGAAAACUAUUGAUGAUAGGAUAAAAUAAUGUACUACGACUUUGUAGAACACAUUAUUAUUUACAAAAAGUGUCACGAUAGCAUAUGUGCAACUAUAUAGUUAUGCCGCAAUAGGUGUUCUUUUAUUUUAAAAAAAUAAAACAACGUCAAAUAUCGUUGAAAUUUAUGUUAAAGAUCCGAGCGGAGCCGGAGCGGGCCGCUAGUAAUAUACGCUUAGUCACGUUUGCCUUUCAAGCGUCGAUAUAUAUGUUGGAGUAUUUCCACUUUCGGGUAGCGACAUGGUAAGCGGGCGGUGAGUUGCUAACACUGACCCUAGCAAGAGCAGUGCUUCGCAGAAUCUACCACCGGAUCGGAAACGCGACCCACUGAGAAGAUCCGGCGAGAAACUCAGUGGGCUGUGUCUAUGGGUUAGUUCGCUCGUGGAGCCCUUCGUCGCAAGCGACGGGUUCGACGAGGACGGUGACUGGUGCUUGUGGUGCCUAAAAGCACCGUUAAUGGAUCAGGAGGAUCCGUAAUGACGUGCUUUGGGCGACGUCGACGGUUUACCAUUCGGUCUACUGGGUCGGGUAUGUAAUUUCCAGCGGCUACGAUGAGAGGGUUCUCAUGUCGUGCCGCCUUCUUAAAAUGGCGCAACGAUGCCGACUGCAGAUACUUACUAACUGAAUCGAGCUCCAGGUCAUCGUGGAUACAACAACGGAGCGUUUUUAUAGCAAGGUAUCGUGGUGGGACGAUGUUGUUUACGACUCUUAUCUUGCACGUGUUGUUUUCGAUGAAUGCUUGCACGUGUUGUUUGUCGUCCCAUCUUUAUUAGUCAUGAACUAAUGGUUUAUAAAAACACGCGCCGACAUAUAUUUAUAUAUAUAUUUGCGUGUUAGUCCCAAUUUAAAACCAGCAUCGAUAAUCGAAUUUCCGUAUGUAAUCCAUUUGAUUUCUUGACGAUGUUAAAUAAUUUCGUGCCUCUUGGCCUCUGAAAGAUGUGCGACCAUAUGGGCUCAAAAUUAGGAAGUAUAAUAGUCUAAUAACCAACCUAUGAUUUUUUCUUAUUUCUAUGAUCAUCACAAUCUUGUUUGCUUACCUAAUGGCAAUACACUACCUUAUCGGCAUCAUUAAAGUAGGUAUGUCCAAUAUUACCAAUUAAAAUUCGAUCAUCAAAUAAAAAUCGGUAAUAAAAUUCUAAUCAUUGUAGAGGCCUCCAAAACGCUUCCUUCCUUGAGUCAUGUGAUGUUUGUGACGACAUUCGAACACAGUGCCCACUUUAGAAUACGAACGACGCAAGUAAAUUCAAGCAAUCUCGCAAUGUACUAGUUUGUGACGUCACAAAAUAGUGAACAAUAUAAUUUUGUAGAAAUAAUUAAAAAAAAACAAGACAGAUUUGAAUGCUUGAAAUAACAAAUAACAGUUGACUCUGACCCCGAUUCAAUUAUAUGUAUAUAAAUAUUUAAAUAUUGAAUUAUAUGUAUAUAAUUUUUUUUAUUGUUUAGAUGGGUGGACGAGCUCUCAGCCCACCUGGUGUUAAGUGGUUACUGGGCCCAUAGACAUCUAUAACGUUAAUGCGCCACCCACCAUGAGAUAUAAGUUCUAAGGUCUCAAGUAUAGUUUAUAUUUACAAUAUUUACAUUCAAUUAUAUGUACAUAAAUAUUUCACAAAGAAAUUUACUUCAUGGUACAGUUGUUUGGCUAACUAACUAUAAACUGAGGUAAUUUAAAUAAAUUUACUGGCGGUAGGACCUCUUGUGAGUUCACACAGGUAGGUACCACCACCCUGCCCAUUUCAGCCGUGAAGCAGUAAUGCCUUUCGUUUUGAAGGGUGGGGCAGCCGUUGUUAGUAUACCAAGACCUUAGACCCCGUAUCUCAAGGUGGGUCGCGGCAUUUACGUAGUAGGUGUCUAUGGGCUCCGGCAACCACUUAACACUAGGUGGGCUGUGACCUCGUCCACCCAUCUAUGCAAGAAAAAAAUAAUCAAAAAUUGCUAAUCAUUCAUUUUAAAAUACAACAUAUGAUAAUUUCGAUAAAUAUCAUCUUAAAGAAACUAUGCCACUCUUAAUUGACAUUUUUACUAGCCACACCAACGAUAGGAUAAUAUGGAUUUAUUACAAUCAUAAAAUCUUUUUACCAUAAUGUUUUAUUGUGAGGUUAAAAUAUAUCAACAAGUUUAUAAACUGUUUCCGAACGAUUAUGUAAGGAUUUGUUUAUUUUUAGAUUUAAAAUCGAAAGCACAAUCCAUUCUUACUCGAUUCCUAUGACAGUAGAUGCGAUUAUCCGAUUUUUUUUAAACUAAGCUAAAUCGAUUGAAUAAUUUUUCUGUUUUACUGUUUUAUAAGAACUAUUGUGUACCAAUCGAUAAGACAAAGAUCGGUACAAAAGUUUAUAUCUUUUAACGGUGUUAUUAAAAAUUAUAAAAGAAGAAUUUUUCAAUAUGAAUAAUAUACGGCGAAGAGGUUAAUCCUAUGACCCAAAAAAAUUAAAUUUAAAACAAAUUCAAACUUAAUUUUCAUCAUGUUUUUUUCUAUAAUAGUGUUUUUUUUCUUUAAUAGUGUUGAUAAUUCGAUUAAUAUUAUUGCUCAAUUCUUCGAAUGUUUUUCUUUAAUUCAACGCAGGGUGUUUAUGUUCAUAUUUUGUUAAUUGUUGGUCAAUAAUAAUUUUGUUGUUUGUUUUAGACUUUAGCAUAUUAUUUUUGGUGCUUUUUUAAUAUUUUAAAAUCGGAAUCAAAAUCAUAUAUUACCUAUAAAGAAAUAAACGACUCGGUGUGUCAUGUCCAGAGACCGUUACCGAAGGGUGAUUUAACAAAUAGAAAUCGUAAUAUUUUUCAAAUAUACCAUUUUGAAGGCCGAUUCAAAUUUUUAAACGCAAUAACUGAUAUAAAUAAGAGAUCCUUGGUUUUGCGUGGUACUUAAAACAUUCUAAACGUCAAUAAAGAUAAACGUUGAAGAAUCUUUGAUCAAACAAUAUAAUAUCGUAAUUUUUUAUGUAAAUAUUUCAAAUCCUACGUAUUAUAUCAUAGUUUAAUCGUUUUAUUAGUGAAUAGAGAAUGUUAUCAAUGAAAAAUAUUGUUUUACAAAACAAUUACAGAAACUGAACAAGAGAACAGAAAAAGAAAAGUGUCCUACAAAUUAUAAUUAUAAUUGUGUAAUCUAGAAACUCGUACAUACAUACAUAUAAUUUUGAGACAAUAAUCUUGUAUUAUGUUUGAAGAUUUGUAUUUAAAAAAAAAUUAAAUAAGUAUGAUAAAUAAUUAAAUGUUGAAAUGGUGUGAUGGAGUUCAGUGAAGUACAUACCAUAAUAUUAUUAUAAUGUAAUGUAAUAACAAAAAUUGUAUAGGCAUUUUACAAAAACAAUUAAAAAGACGAUUAAUUUAUGUAAUCGAAUGGUUACCAA